UCAAUUACCACUUUGCCAUUGAUCGUAAGCAAAGUCAAUGUAACAACAAGAUUGAGUGAAGACAGAUAUGAAGAUGUUUCAACAAUCAGUUGAUACCAGACAAGGCCUGCAUCACAUUCUGCUGAUAGCUGCACUCAUUGGAUUUGUCCAAGACCUGAGCAGCGGAGGAGGAGCGCAUGCAUGGAGCUACGACUUCAACAUCAGUUCAAACCGCGAAUGGCUGAAGGCCCGUCAGUGGUGCCAGCAGCACUUCACAGACAUGGUGCCCAUCAGGAACCAGGAGGAGAGUGACUUCAUCAACGAUUUUCUACCUUUUAACGCAAAAUAUUACUGGAUAGGCAUAGGCAAAAGGGAGGGAGAGUGGGUCUGGAAAAAAACAGACGAGAAGGUGCCAGAAGAUGCUCAGAACUGGGCGGCAGAGGAGCCAGAUAAAAUCGCCACUCAGGACUGUGUGGAGAUUUACAUCAAGAGGGAUAAAGACACAGCCAAGUGGAACAACGAGAACUGUCACAAGAGGAAGGGAACCGUCUGCUAUGGAGCCUCUUGUAAACCAGAGUCCUGCAGUGCCAAUGCAGACUGUGUGGAGACGGUGGGUAACUACUCCUGCCAGUGCCAUCCUGGUUUCCUGGGGUCACGCUGUGAAGAGGCAAUCGCGUGCAAACCCCUGCUGGACCCAGAACAAGCUUCCAGCAACUGUUCCCGUCCCUACGGGUCAAAUAGUUUCAACUCUUCCUGCCGUUUCUUCUGUGAUCUCGGCUUUCGCAUGGUGGGCGAGUCCCCUCUGCUGUGCCAGGCCAGUGGACUGUGGACCCACCCUGUUCCUCUGUGUCAAGUUGAACAGUGUCCAUUCCUGAACCACAGCAGCAUCAAGAACUGCAGCCACCCGAUCGCCCCGUACAGCUUCAAGUCCGUCUGCGAGGUCCGGUGUGAUGAAGGCUACGAGCACCGUGGACCGGACCAGAUACGCUGCCACCACAACGGCCAGUGGACAUCCAUAGUCCAAGAUUGUACAGUAAAAAGGUGCUCCCCCGCUUUCUUUCCUGUCUCGGGCAAUGUGACCUGUGUGGACGCUGUGGAGCCUUUCUCUUUUGGUUCACGAUGCAACUUCACCUGCCAGGAAGGCUACUACCUGACCAGAGACGACACAUACACCUGUCUGGCCUCGGGACAAUGGAGCAACCCUACACCUACAUGCACAGUGGUGCAAUGCAACAGUUUAAAGGCUCCACCUCAUGCCUCCAUGCGAUGUCAGGACCCAGGAGUGAACAGCUAUGGCUCAAUAUGCUCCGUGCUAUGUGAAGAAGGAUUUGAUCUGAUUGGUGGAAACAUGACGAAAUGUUCUGCCCAGGGAAACUGGAGUCAUGCACUUCCUGUUUGCCAGGCUAAGAGGUGUGACCCAAUAAAUCCUCCUCAUGGCUCCCUAUCCUGUUCCGACCCAAACGGACUGUUCAGUUUUGGGUCUCUGUGCAAGACAACCUGCGACGAGGGCUUUCUUCUGAAUGGGACCAACAGCACUGAGUGCACUUCCCAGGGUGUCUGGAGUGCAGACAUCCCACAAUGCUCGGCUAAAAGAUGUCCCACCCUGAGCUCCCCCUCUCAUGGCUCCAUAGUCUGCUCUGAUUCUCAUGGAGAGUUCAGUUUUGGUUCUCGGUGCACGUCAACCUGUGAGGAGGGUUUUCUUCUGAAUGGGACGGCUGUCAAUGAGUGCACCUCUCUGGGCACAUGGAGCACAGAUAUCCCAUAUUGCUUAGCUAAAAGAUGUCCCACCCUGAGCUCCCCCUCUCAUGGCUCCUUAGUCUGUGCUGAUCCUCAUGCGGAGUUCAGUUUUGGUUCUCAGUGUGUAUCAACAUGUGAGGAGGGUUUUCUCCUGAAUGGGACGGCUGACACAGAGUGCACCUCUCUGGGCACGUGGAGCACAGAAAUUCCACGUUGCUUAGCUAAAAGAUGUCCAACCCUGAGCUCUCCCUCUCAUGGCUCCUUAGUCUGCUCUGAUUCUCAUGGAGAGUUCAGUUUCACUUCUCGGUGCACGUCAACCUGUGAGGAGGGUUUUCUGCUGAAUGGGACGGCUGACACAGAGUGCACCUCUCUGGGCACGUGGAGCACAGAAAUUCCACGUUGCUUAGCUAAAAGAUGUCCCACUCUGAGCUCUCCCUCUCAUGGCUCCCUAGUCUGCUCUGAUUCUCACGGAGAGUUCAGUUUCACUUCUCGGUGCACGUCAACCUGUGUGGAGGGUUUUCUGCUGAAUGGGACGGCUGACACAGAGUGCACCUCUCUGGGCACGUGGAGCACAGAUAUCCCACAUUGCUUAGCUAAAAGAUGUCCCCCCCUGAGCUUUCCCUCUCAUGGCUCCUUAGUCUGCUCUGAUUCUCAUGGAGAGUUCAGUUUCACUUCUCGGUGCACGUCAACAUGUGAGGAGGGUUUUCUGCUGAAUGGGACGGCUGACACAGAGUGCACCUCUCUGGGCACGUGGAGCACUGAAUUAUCCCACUGCCUGGCACGGCCAUGCCCCCUACUGGACAAGGCCCCACAUCACGGGAGGAUGAACUGCAGCCAUCCGUACUCCUCUUUCAGCUAUGACUCCAGCUGUGACUUUGAAUGUAAUGAGGGCUUCUGGCUGAGAGGAACACCAACUAUGACAUGCAAUACCUCAGGACACUGGCGUCAGGAUCCACCCAGCUGCCAGCCGUUACAGUGUGAGGCUAUUCCUGCCUUGUUUGGAUCCCUGUCUAUGAACUGCUCCCAUCCUCUGGGGAACUUCAGCUUUGGCUCUCAGUGUAUUUUUGCCUGUGAAGGGGGAUUCUCCAUGAAUGGCACUGAGCUGUUGUUUUGCUCCUCCUCUGGGAUUUGGAACGACAGCCGGCCAAACUGCACAGAGGAUCUACCAGUGUGGGCUGCCUUGCUGCUGUCUUCAGGUAUCGGAGUGGUCGUGGCGCUGGUCCUGAUUGGACUGGCUGUGUUGAUCAUAAUGAGAUUUAGAAAAAAAAGUGGACAUAACAUGAUGUCUGAAGCACCAGCAUGGGGAGACAGAGAGAACCCAGCAUUUGAUUUUGACUCCUGAUUUUUCUAAUCAUUUCAAAUUCUUUAGCCUAAUGCUCUCAAUCAAUACAUCAAGCUUGUUUAAAAUACAACACUGGAACCAAGAAAUUGCACAUAGUAGGAAUAGAGCUUUGAAUUGAUGGGUUAUUACAAUUUCCACUCAAUAAAAAUUAGAUCAUUUAAGAUUCAAAGACUUCAUUUGCAAAAGCACAAUAUAGUGGAGUUGUUGUCAAUGAAAGUCCUAAAUCCCUAAUCCCUAAUUAUACGCAUUCUGCAUGAAAACCCUCUCAUGUUCUUAAUGACACAAAAUACAGUCAAUGGGCAUAUUUUUCUCUCUGUCUUGCUUUGUAUAUUGCUUGAUUGACAAUAAACUAUUUUGAAUUGUC